AUGUCUUCAGACACAACUAGCUUAACAGACAGCUAUUCUCAAGAACAACACGAAGAAUUUCCAUUAGCAAGUCUUGAAGCAGGUGAAGCCACAAAAUAUGUAACAACCUCCAAAUCCAAUUCGAAAGCUUUCCUCCUCAGACAUGGCAAGAGUUUGCUUCGUCUAUUCUUAUUCAUCAUGUACUUUAUAGCCACUGCCCUCAUCACCAAAUUCACACUCCUAUUCUUUGUCAUUCCACGUGUGUCCACCAAUAUGGAGCCAGCCAGAGAUGUUUUUUUAGAGAAUCUUCCACAUGCAAGUCAGACAGCUUUCACAAUCUCUGAAAUUCUUGCUUUGGUUGGUAUUGUCAUGAUGUUGAUGGUGGCUUUCUUUAGAAAGAGAAAUAAGCUUGCCAUCUUUCAUCGAUACUUGUUUAUUCAUGCAACUUUAUUGAACAUUCGAACAUUAUGCAUUAGUGUUACAACGUUUAGUAUACCAACGAGUGAAUAUAAGGAGAAUUGUAUCAGAUUGCAGAAUUUAAGCUUGGCAGAGAGGCUUGGGAAGGCUUUGAAUAUUACAAAUUUUGGUGAUACUUGUGGAGAUUAUGUGUUUUCAGGACAUGCAACCGCUCUCAUUCUCGUUUUUUGGUUCGUCUGGUACUAUUCACAUUCGGAUAGAUGGUCGAAAGCUGUACGAAUGAUCUUUAACACAAUUCUGUUUACAGUUACUUUCGUUGGAUGUUUCCUGAUCAUUGUUGCAAAGGAACAUUACACUGUGGAUGUCAUCUUGGGUGUUGUCAUUUCAGUAAUGUUCUGUGCUUUAUACCACAUGUUAUUGGAAAGACAUGUUCAGGAUAAAUUAUUGGAUAGAAAACUGGAGGAAGGAGUCAUUUCGAUUCUUCACUACUGGUUCGAGAUUGUAGAGUUUGAUUCAUAUGCCAAGACACAUCCUUUCUAA